AUGGAGUCCGUGUCCUUCGGCCCGGCCGACGCGCCCAUCACCGGGUACGUCUGCGGCGACGCGAACGCGCCGAGCGUCGUCGUCCUCCAAGAGUGGUGGGGCGUCACCGAGAAUAUCAAGCUCCAAGCGCAGCACCUCUCGAAGCGCGGCGGGUACCGAUGCCUCGUCCCGGACCUGUACCGAGGAAAGCUCGGCGUGAACGCGCACCACCUCAUGACCAACCUGGACUGGCCGAGAGCGAAGGACGAGAUCGCGGCCGCGGCGACGUGGCUGAAGACGACCGGCUCGCCCAAGGUGGGCGCGAUCGGGUUCUGCAUGGGCGGCGCGCUGACGCUG